GGCGGUUGUGUUUAUUCGCCUGAGCGUAGAGAGGAGCAUCGCAGCGCUCACAGUCGCAUGACAACCGACUUCCGCGUCGCUUGCCUUCGCGUGCCAGGUGUCCUAAGCACUUUCCUCCAGUUCCCAGGUUAAUACUUUGUAUCCUCGAAGUUUGCAUAUCCCACACAUGUGAGGAACAGAGAAAUCAAAUUUGUCCAUUUUCAAAGAAUUGUCGUCAUCGAACGCAGAGAUAUACAGGUGACUGUUGUACCCGGAAAAAUCGUUUCGCCGGGGUCAGUGGACAAGUGUGAAAGCAGUGAAGCGAAUCGGCCAAUCGAGUUUGAGAAUAUACUGUGCCUUGGUUCUUGACUGUGAUUAGUCGAUUGAUUUAUAUUUUCGGGAAGUCUCAAGCUAGUAAAAUUCACAAUUCAACUGCAAAGUCACUGCUUUUAAUAGGGUCAGUUGUUCCAACUUUUUCGUAAAUUAACCGAUAAUUAAAUCAUAUAUCUGUUUUUGUCUAAAUUGAAAGAAAAACAAAUACAGACGUAUGAUUCAACUAUCUGAUAAGUUAACUUAUCAAGUUAGAACAACCAGUUCCUAAAAAUGCGAACGUUCCAGGAAUGCGUUCCAAAACUCGUCGAGUAAAGCAUUUAAUUGACCAAUCAGAACAAAGACAACUAAGAUUUCUUUAUCAUGAUUGGUUAAUUGAAUAUAUUCUAUCCGCCAAGUAGGAUUUCGGAAUGCGACCCUGUAUGCAACAGGGCUGCUGUUUGUGGCUGAAUUGCGUAUUUUAAUUUUCUGUGACAAGACGAUACAACAGCAUUUAGAAUCUGUUAACACUAAGCAAACGAAACUACAACGAUGGUAUCACACGUAACGGAUUUCUACAAUGCAAAAAAUAUAUUCAUUACUGGUGGCACCGGUUUUGUCGGUGUCUGCUUGAUAGAGAAACUUCUAAGAUGUUGUCCAGAUAUAAAAAACAUUUAUCUGCUAAUACGCCCAAAAAAAGAGAAACGUAUUGCAGAAAGGUUGACAGAGUUAACACAGAACUCGGUUUUCGAUAAGCUACGAGAGCACCAGCAAACUGACCUAUUCAAGAAAUUAAUCGCAAUUCCUGGAGAUGUCGGUGAAGAAAAUUUGGGUUUAGCUCCAGAAGACAGAGUAAUUUUAAUUAACACAGUGCAAGUUGUUUUUCAUUCAGCAGCUACACUUGAUUUUGAUAUUGAUUUGAAGACUGCAACAAAUAUUAACUUAUUGGGAACUCGGAGAAUCAUCCAACUCUGCAAAGAAAUUCAAGAUCUUAAGGCAUUGGUGCACAUUUCUAGUGCAUACGUUAAUUCUCAGCUACAAAAUGUUGAUGAAAUACUAUAUCCCUCACCAGCUGAUGCAAAUGAAAUUGUGAAAUUGACCAAUGAAUUAGAUAUUGCUGUCUUAAAAGCAAGAACGUCGGAGAUACUGAAAGGUCAUGCAAAUUCUUAUACAUUCACCAAACAUUUGGCUGAACAUGAAAUAGCAAAUGGAGGGUUACCAGCAGCUAUUGUACGUCCUUCAAUGAUAACAGCAGCAUGGAACGAGCCUGUUCCAGGAUGGACAAUAUCGAAAAAUGGACCACAAGGUUUCUUAAUGGGUGCCAGCAAGGGUGUUAUAAGAAGAUUGCCAGUUGCAGAACAUCUUAUUUAUGAUUACAUUCCAGUAGAUAUAGUGAUAAACAGUCUUAUCGUUGCAGCUUAUUCUGUCGAUCAUGAUAGCGAUAAAGAAUUAAAGAUAUAUCACUGCACAUCAAGUACAUGUAACCCUUUCCGAUGGAACCAGGUGCAGGACGAGGUCAACAUGUUUUUGCACAAAUAUCCGCUAAAGAGUGCCGUGUGGUAUCCGCAUUUAAAAUUUUUACCGUCACUUUUAUUAUUUAGAAUCUCGGCUAUUUUCUUUCAUUUUAUACCGGCGUAUAUCUUGGAUGCUGUCACACUAUUUUGCGGAGGCCGUCCAAUUUUAGUCCGCUUGCAUAAUAAUGUUAAUAACUCGUUAGUGCGCCUUGAAACAUUUAUUUUCAAUGAAUGGAAAUUUAAUAAUCCACGUAUGCUACAAUUGAACGAAUCGUUAUCACCGCAUGACAAGGAUUUGUUUACCUUGGACAUCAGGACAUUGGUUUGGGUAGAUUAUUUCUGCAAUUUAACACAAGGAGUAAGAAUGUAUCUCAAUAAGGAAUCCCUGAAGUCUUUGCCGAAAGCACGUUCCAAAGACAAAAGGUUGAUGUUUACUCAUCUAGGCUUACAAACUAUGUUGCUGGCCUUGAUUUGGUGGCUGUUUAAAAUCUUCUUCGAUACAACAUGGACCAAAACUGGUUUAGUUGUACCGCUAACUUAUCUGAUUUUUGAUCAAUUAUAAGAGUAAGGCGAUAUUUAAAUAUACAUUAAAUAUAAAUAUUAGAGGUGUGCGAAUCAUGGUUUUGUGCAACUGUGAAUCAAAUCUAUGAAAAUAUAUUUUAAAAUUAAAUUUUCUUAGUUCAGAAACGAAUUGAAUUUGAAUUAAACAUUUCCGGGUUUAUUACAUGCUGACUUGAACGUAACAAAUUGUAUAUAUUUUUUCUCAAUAACAUUAGAAGUCUAUUUUUAAAAUUAAGUCGAGAAGAUAAAUCAUUGCAUAACUUUAUCCGAGAAAAUGUCUCACCAAUAACAAGGACAAUGAACUAAUCUGCAAUUCUAAGCAGAAUCGUAAGUCUCGUAACUUGUUCUCGUAAAAUUCAUAAGAAUUUAUGAGUAGAUAUUGUAUGCAAUAUCAUAUAUCGUACAAUCAUUUGUAAAUAUCGUAAAUUACAUGAAAUCGUAGAUAUUUAUGAGUAAUUGUAUAACAUAAUAUUGUAUAGAAUUGUAAAUCUACUCAUAAGUUCUUACUUAUUUUGCCAGAACAAGUUACGAGACUUAUGAUUCUGCUUACAAUUGCAGCAUAAAUGAUAGAAAAUUUAUAAGUGAUGUUAAAUUUUGAAUAUUCAAGAUUUAUAAUUGAUACAUACAUACAUGCAUACAUACAUACAUACAUACAUACAUACAUACAUAUAUAUAUAUAUAUAUGUGUGUGUGUUUGUGUUUGUGUGUAUGUGUGUGUAUAUAUAUAUAUAUAUAUAUAUAUAUAUAUAUAUAUAUAUAUAUAUAUAUGUAUAUAUAUGUAUAUGUAGUAGUUUUCCGAAAAGACUUGUGAUAGUAAAUUAAUAUCUCUAUUUGGUGCAUGUGUCACUAGAAAAUGUUGAGCUAUAUGAUAAACGUAUAUUAAAAAGACUUUCAAUGAAAAAAAUUAAAUCUUAUAAAAUAAGUAAUAACAAUAAUUAAUAAUAAUAAUUCUUAUAAUAAGUAACUUAUUUAUACCCAAUUUCGAUUAUUUAUACACAACGUCGAUUAAGUUUUAAUAUGAGUUUAAAAUGUCUUUAGACAAAGACAUCAAUUAAGAUUAAGAUUUAAUCGACGUUUAAAGACAUUAGUAAAAAUCUGCGAUUUAAUAAGUAAUAUAAUUGUAAUAUAAGUAAACAUGUUGGAAAAGUAUAAACCGCUAAAUUUUGUUUAGCAACAAAUUUUAUGAACAAUUGCAAAGCUGCUAGAAGUGCAGAGCGCAAAACGCUUUUCCUGCUGAAUGUAAUCUAUCUCUAUGCAACACACAGACGCAUGUACGAGAAUACGAAUACGCCGAGAACAAAUUUGCCGGACAAGAAAUCAAUGAGGUAACUCAAAGAAAUGAUUAAUUUGAAAUCGAACCUACUGUGAUUCGAAAUUGUCGAAUUAUUCAAAUUUAAACAUCUUUGAUUAGAAAAAAAUUCGAAUCGGAUCCGCAAAGAUUCGAUUCAAAUUCUAAUGAUUCGCAUACUUCUGAUAAAUAUAAAUAUAUAAAUAUAUAAAUAUAUAAAUAUAUAAAUAUAUAUAUAUAUAUAUAUACACAUACAUAUAUAUAUAUAUAUAAAACACAGUUGUGCUAUUGGUGCUACAUACAUAUGUGACGCAUUAAAUUCUCUUGAUAGAAUAACGUCACUUAUACGUGAUAUAUCAAUUAUUCUUUGAUCAAUUAUUCUUUGAAAUAUUGUUAUUGAAAUAUUUUUUUAAAUAUUUCUUUGAGUUUGGUAUAUUAUUUGUAAAACAAGGAUACGAAAUAUGUUACAUAAAACUACUUACAGAAAUAUGCUCUGUGGAGAGAUCUUUUUAAAAUUAAACAUAAUAAAUGUGUUAAAGCACAUUCCUGGUACUAAUCGUACAUUAAAUGUGUAAGCAUCACAUAAAUCUUUCCUUAAAUGUCUUAGUUUGCUCUUAGUUGUGUGCUGAUAAUUUACAAUUAUAUAUAUAUAUAUAUAUAUAUAUAUAUAUAUAUAUUUACACGUGUUUAUUAAAUAUAAUAUAUAAGCGAUUGAUUGAUAAAAUAUAUCUGAUGUUGAAAAGAAGUGUUGAGGACUUACAGGGUUGAAUGGUAUUUGCUAAAGCAGAUAAAACGUGCUUAUCAAAUAUAUAUAGGUAGGAAGAUUAACAUAAUCAAAAUUACAAGCGAUUUGGUAACACUAAUGAUUGUUUCUGUUCUACAAGCAUAGAAAUAAAACAUUAUAUUGCUAUAUUUUUAUUUUGAUAUUUAUCAGGGGGCAUUUAUAUGUAUUUUUCUUGCUUCUAUACGUAUUCUUGUCUCAGACAAUUGCAAACACUACAAAAUAUCUGUUUCUACAUAAAUCACUAAACAAAUAUUUCGGAUCUUCUGAUAUAAUACUUCUGUAUUAUUAAUUGAUCUAUUUCGUCUGAAACCACUAUUUUCCUAUAAUAUUUUCCGCCAAAAAAGUAAGUUUAUUAGCGCGCGCCAAGGUUUUUUCUAAAACUUUACAAACUAUAUUAAAUGUGCGGUAAUUCAUACAUCUAGUCUUAUUCCUUUUUUCUUUUUAUAGAUUGAGUAGACAAUAUUGAUUAUUCAUUUUUUUGGCAUCUUCCAUAAAUUUUUUUUUACCAAGUCACAAUACUUCAGUUUUUCCCGUUCCUGCUUCUAUCACUUAAUAGUCAUUUGAUAAUCACUUAAUAGUCAUUUGAUAAAAUCACUUAAUAGUCAUUUGAUAAUCACAUUGAUUUGCACUUGGUGUUGAAGUAUACUUCAUUGCUCUUAGUCCUUUUUUUAUUUCCUCGUUGGUUACGAUAGUUACUUCUCUCCUUCUUUCUCUAUUUUUUUUCUCUUUAUUCAGUAACAGCUCAUUCAUUGAGAAACAUUUUAUUUGCCUCUCCUUUUCUUUUUUUGAUGAAGUAUUUUUUGUUUCGUCUAGCACUUCUCUGCAGGAUAUGUUCACUAGUCUUUUUCUUCGUUUUAUGUAGUAUAUAAAACGGAGCUUAUAUAAAGAAUGAUUAGAGCUCUACAAGAAAUUUACAAUCUUCAAGUAUCUAUUUGCAUGUUUUUCUAUAUAGACUCGCUGUGUGACUAACAGCAUUUCAAUUGUGUAAUAAAGCCAUACAUAAAUUCUAUUUCCUGUUUACAAUAGCAAACUGACAUUAUUAAUGGAGCAUUAUGUAUUAUUCAAAUGACAACCACUAAAACACAAGUAACUUAUGUUUGCCUACGAAGUAAUGAUAAUAAGAAAAUUCUGCAUUAUAAAAUAUAUAUGUAAAUGAAAGAAAAACAUAUGGACUCCUUUACAUAUGGAGGUAAAAAUAUGGUAAUGCAAUCUUUUUAAUUUCAUAGCGUGUGCGACAAACAGAAAGAAGCGAACCUAUUACAUUCCCAAAACUGAAAAUCGCUUGUAGUUUUGACAGUGUCAAUUUUUUUCAAUCUACGUUCAUUACAGAUUUUAUAUCUAAUUUAAUAAGUAGUAUAUUAAAGUAAACGAAUAUCUCUCACACUUACGUAAACUGAGUAGUGAAUUUUAAUAUAAUAUUUCAUGGAAUUUUCCUUUUAUUUUAAAGAUCAUUUAACAUUUCUUCUUUUUUUCUUUUAUAAUGAUUUAGCGGAGUUGAAAAAGUUACUUUUGAAAAGUAACGCAUUAUCAUUACUCGUUACCAUUAUCGUUACUCAUAAAAUAAUGGAUUGUUACAAUUUUUAUUUUUUUCCCAAGUUUCAAAACAUUUUUUUCUUUUUAAGAUUUAUUUUCCAGCGAAAAAUUACUCGUUGAUCGACGUCAAACGAUGUCGAAUCGAUAUCGAUUUGACGGUUCACACGCAAUUCGAUGCCGAAACUUCGUAAAAUCGACAUCGUUUCGAUAUCGAUCGAUGAGUAAUUUUUCGCUGAAUCUAUCUACUCUCGAAUUGUACCUGUAAUUAACCGCGCUGUAAUGAAUCGUUUAAGCAAAAGUUUGCGAACACAUGACGAUGUAGUUUUUUAUGUACGAUUGGUAUAGACUGGCAACAUUUAUUACAAUAACGCAACUUUUCUGCAAAAACAGGAAAUUAUCUGUCUGCAUAAAUCCAACAAUUUAAUAAGCUA